AUGGAGGGGUUUAACCCUUUCAGUGUCGGUGUUGAUCUGAUCAAUGCACCAAUUUUGGUCAGAGUGAAGUGGAAGACAGACAUAUACACAACCAAGUCAACUAUCAAAGCUGAACUUAGAAAACAAAUAAUCAAGGCCUUUGAAUGCAUCCCUACCAACCUGAGGGCCAAAGCUCCAUAUUUACCCCUAAAGUGCAGCCACCAACCUCCACAAGGAGAGAAUGAUCAUCGAACGUCCACAGGAAUAAGGAGGCAGCCAUAUUGGUUUGAUGUCGUGUAUCAUGAGACAGCAGAGACAUCUCCCUUAUGCUAUGUGAAAACACAAACUGUACGCCGUCUCGCCAGGUAA